AGCGAGAAAGCUGGAAGUGGUGGUGGUAGGACGGAGCCUGGUAAAUGCUCUUGGUUUGUUCUCUUUUUCCUUCAGAGCCGUUUCAAGCCUAUAAGGCUCGAUUUCGAGGAGCAGCUUGCAAUUCCUAUUCUCAUUUUGCUGCAGACGUACGAUGCGGUAGCUUCGAAGCUGGCUGUGGGUUGAACCUUUCGCAUCGAGAGGUACGAAAGUCAUAUAUCGGUUUGCAUUCAAGCUGGAUUGCUAAGUGUUGUCUAACAGGGCAGCGAAGGACAAUGGAAGCGUUCCAGCUCCUUGUUCUCUUGACUUGUCUCAUCUCCGUAGCGGCAGCUGGAUCGGCAAGCAGGUCCAAAGCGAAGGCGAUGUUCGUGUUUGGUGACUCGCUAGUUGAUGCUGGCAACAACAACUUCAUCAAUUCUAUCGCCCGAGCCAACUUCGCACCAAACGGCAUCGACUUCCCGAACAGCGCGCCCACCGGCCGCUUCUGCAACGGGAAGAUCAUAUCAGACCUGUUGAGUGAUUACAUGGGAACUCCGCCUAUACUCCCAGUUUUGGAUCCCCAGGCGAAGGGCCAGAAUCUGCUGCUGGGUGUCAACUUCGCGUCGGCUGGAGCCGGGAUCCUGGACGACACUGGAACCAUCUUCAUUCAACGCUUGACAAUGACGGAUCAAUUCCGACUCUUCAGAAAAUACAAAAGCGAUCUGGCCGCUGUGGCCGGAGCGUCCGCAGCUGCGAAGUUAAUCUCGGACGGGAUUUACUCCUUCACAGUCGGUGGCAAUGACUACAUCAACAACUAUUUACUCCUCUUUGCCCAGCGUGCUCGGCAGUACACCCCAUCGCAGUUCAAUGCGCUGUUGAUUGCGACUCUGCGCAACCAGCUCAAGACAGUGUACAGCCUCGGCGCUCGCAAAGUGACUGUGUCCAACAUGGGACCGAUUGGCUGUAUCCCGUCGCAGCUCCAGAGAAGCUCCAGAGCCGGCGAGUGCAUCCAGGAGCUCAAUGACCACGCGCUGAGCUUCAAUGCGGCGCUCAAACCCAUGAUCGAGGGCCUCAACCGGGAGCUCAAGGGAGCGACGUUUGUCUACGUCAACAGCUACGACAUCCUCAACGAGUACAUCCAGAAUCCAUCCAAAUACGGCUUCCAGUACACCAACAUGGCGUGCUGCGGACAAGGCAGCUACAAUGGGCUCUUGACGUGCACUGGGCUGUCGAAUCUGUGCUCGGACCGCACAAAGUACGUGUUCUGGGACGCGUUCCAUCCCAGCGAGAGCAUCAACAGGCUCAUCACCAACAGGCUUCUCAAUGGCCCGCCCUCCGACCUCUCGCCAUUCAAUGUCAAGCAGCUCAUUGCGAUGUCGACGUGAAAGUGGGCAGCAGCGCAAGAGAAAAGAAAACGAUCGCGAGUGUUAAAUUUUCGGUGUGUACGGCUUUUCUGUACGGAAUGUCAAAAGGGAUGUUUCCGUAACA